AGCCAAUAACAAGCGUUUGAGCAGCAUUUUAUUUUGAAGAGAAAGACAGGAAGUUCUUCUUUCUCGUAACACCCGGGGUUUAACGGUUGAAGUGAUACCAGACGCAGAGUUAACACAGACAGGUAGUCAACAGCUAAUAACCCGUAAUGAAAGAUGAUAUGAAUUACCAUGGUGACUCGUGGACCUCUUCUUCUUUGACACCGGAAUCGCGGAGAUGCGUUUGGCUCUGAAAUACCGAUAUGACAUGUGUUUACCUCAGUGAAGACUGCCAAAGCUCGUUCAUCGAUCGUCUGGAGGGGCAACGUCAGAUUAGCUAGAAACGAGAUUUGAUCUGUCGGACACAGACCCACCAAAAUGCCUGGAAGUAUGUCCCCGGUCCCCGUCCUGCCCCUGGUGAUCAACUGUCUCAUGUCGGCGCUCGGCUGCAUGGCCACACUGAAACUCAUUCCUGCUUUCAAAGACCAUUUCAUCGCAGCCAGAUUGUACGGAAUGGACCUAAACAAAACAAACAAGAAGGAAGUUCCAGAGUCCCAAGGAGUCAUCAGUGGGACGGUCUUCCUCAUUAUCCUCUUCUGCUUCAUCCCAGUGCCUUUCCUUAGCUGCUUUGUAGGAGAUCAGUGCACGGGCUUCCCACAUGAUGAGUUUGUACAGCUGAUUGGUGCACUUCUGGCCAUCUGCUGCAUGAUCUUCCUGGGCUUUGCCGAUGAUGUGCUGAACCUUCGGUGGAGACACAAGCUCCUGCUUCCCACCAUGGCUUCCCUGCCGCUUCUCAUGGUGUAUUUUACUAACUUUGGCAACACAGUCAUCGUGGUACCCAAGCCCUUCAGAGCCCUGCUCGGGCUGCACAUGGAUAUGGGUAUUCUCUACUACGUCUACAUGGGAAUGCUUGCAGUGUUCUGCACGAACGCCAUCAACAUCCUCGCGGGAAUCAAUGGCAUCGAGUCAGGUCAAGCCCUGUUUAUCUCCGGCUCCAUCAUCGUCUUCAACCUGCUGGAGCUCAGUGGGGAUUACCGUGAUGACCAUGUUUUCUCCCUCUACUUUAUGAUACCAUUCUUUUUCACCACAUUAGCACUUUUUUACCACAACUGGUACCCAUCAUCUGUGUUUGUGGGAGACACUUUCUGCUACUUUGCCGGGAUGACGUUUGCUGUCGUUGGCAUCCUGGGACACUUCAGCAAAACGAUGCUACUGUUCUUCAUUCCUCAAGUGGUGAACUUUGUCUACUCCCUGCCUCAGCUCUUUCGUGUCAUCCCCUGUCCCAGACACCGGCUCCCCAGGCUGAAUCCUGACACGGGCAAACUGGGGAUGAGCUACUCCAAAUUCAAAAGGAAGGACCUCUCUAAAUUGGGACACCUCAUUCUGACGGUGGCAGAGUUAUUGAAGCUGCUAGAAGUGCGAAGAGGCCAGGAGGGAGAUGAUGAUUUUAUUGAGUGCAACAACAUGACCAUAAUAAAUCUGGUGCUGAAAUUGCUCGGUCCCACCCAUGAGAGAAGCCUCACAGUCAUCAUGCUCAUCAUUCAGGUGAUGGGCAGCGUAGUGGCUUUUGGGAUCCGUUAUCACCUGGUGCGUCUCUUCUACGACGUCUAGACGGCUCUCCAGGAAAGCGCGGAGAAUGACGGACCGAGAAAAUAUUAUAUUGUUAUGGAACUAAUUUACAGGCUUGUGGUUUAUCUGCCUUUAUAGAGUCCAUCUGUUAUUUUUUCUGCCUCAGACUCUACCUGCAGUAAAAACCCAGUGCAAGGCUUAAAGAUCUAUUUCUCUUUGUAAAACGGUUCUACAUAUAAGCAUGAAUGGCUAAGGACAUGACAUCAACAGCAGUAGUGCUGGUUGUUCUCCUGGUUUCAGUAAUUACAAGGAGAAAAAGGAGACUGGGUCUUAAUCAAAUUGUGUGCCCCUGACCCUGAAAGUGUAUUUUUAUACUUGGUUUUUUAAAGGAAAAGUGCAGUCAGUGAGGAUGACUUUUAGUCUUCAGGGCAGCCAGCAUCAACGGCCGGCCUCUACUAAAUUCUUACCAUUUCAUACCAGAUUUCUGGAUGUAGAAGUGCCCUAAAAAUAUUCACAGUGGUCGGCUGCUUGAAUCUGCCGUUGAAGCAAAAAUGUAUGCACUCACAUUACACCAUCCAUCCAUACACGUAAAUAUCAAUCCAUGCACCACAGGUGGAAAGUUGGUAUCUUUUUUUGUUUGUUUACCUCUUAACAAAUGCACAGAGAAUGGUGAUUGUGAAGAAAAGCAGUGAAAACAUGAUGAGGUGAGAAUCAGCGUGGAGAUUAUCAUGGGGAAUUAGGUGGAGACAGGUAAAUACAUUGGAUAUUGGGUAUUGGAUUAGAAGUGAUGAAGUGAGAUUAUACUGUCUGGAUUGUUGUAAAAGAUAAUUAAGGUAUAUGGAAGGUGAAGGGAUGGGAAUUGAUUGUUUAUACCGUUCUUGGUAUUAUUGGAUACAUAUAGUAGCUGUAUUUUUAUGACUGAUAUGCAUUCUCCUCCUAAGGGUUCAGCAGAUUUGACAAUGUGAAGUCAACCGGCACUGGACUAUUUUGUUUAGGAAUGUCACUACAAGUGAGAAACUGUUAACUGUUCAGAUGGAAGGCUCAAAUUGAGAAAUAAAAGUUGAUCAAAAUAUUAGAUUGUGCCAUUAUCAUUACUUGCAGUGGUUUCAGAAGUAUUCAGCUGCUUAAUUAGAUGUAGUAAUUACAAAAAAAUUAUAAAUACUUGACUACAAGUAAAGUCUAUCAAAAGCAUUCAUAAUCUUAUCUCUACAGAAGUAUUAUCGGGAAAAAUAUGGUUAUCAUUGACAAAUCUGUUUCCGAGUAUAAAUUGGUCAACAAAUCAAAAAUUGCUGUGCAAGAAUGCCAAAGGCCACAAUUUUGUAAUAACCAGUGAGAAUCUAUAAAAAUGCUUCUUUAUAUUAUUUAUCCAUUUAAAAAAGAAGAAGAAAAGAAAAUACUGUUAACAGAUUUUUUAAGCUCUCAGAUAUCAGUACUCAAAGGCUCUGCUAUUGUAUACUGCAUAGUGUCGGGUGUUGU